AUAUAGAGUAAUUAAUAUAUUCAAUAUUCUCCAAUGACUUCGCCACCAACGUCGGUAACACUUGUAUCAGAAUGCUUAAUCAAACCAUUGCACGACCUCUCACCAGAUGAGGCAAAACAUGAGCCUCUCUAUUUCACACCCUUCGAGCUGACCGGCCUCAACUUUAGAUACAGCCAACAAGGCCUCCUUUUCACCAAACCCAAAAAUAAUAAUAAAGAUGAUUUCUCCAUAACGGUUUUCUUGAAUGAGCUCAAACACUCUUUAUCCGCAACACUCACUCAUUUCUACCCGCUUGCAGCCCGUUUAGCCACACGAAUCCUAGAUAACCCACCUUCCUACGUCAUUUACCUAGACCCCGAGAACAGCCCCGGGGUCAAGUUUGUUUAUGCGAAGACAGACGCCACUAUAUCGGAUAUAAUCAAUCCUACGUAUGUGCCAUCCAUCGUUCAUUCGUUUUUUGACUUAAAUAAUGCUAUCAACCAUGAUGGUCAUACAUUGCCUUUGUUGUCCAUUAAGGUGACCGAGCUAACCGACGGGAUUUUCAUCGGUGGCUCGAUUAACCAUCUUAUAGCCGACGGAACAUCUUUCUGGCAUUUCAUGUCUUCUUGGAGUGAAAUCUUUUUCAAAUCUAAAUUAAAUCAUCCUCAUCAAAAUUCUAAUUGUGAUAUUAUCAUGAUCUCACGUCCUCCAAUAUUCAAAAGACAGCCUCUACAAGCUGGUUCAUCGGAUCUUUUUAUUAAUCUUCCAUAUACACAUCGAGACCAAUUCAUUCAACCAUCGGCCCAAAAUUCACAAAUGUUAGUAGUUAAAGAGAGGUUUUUUAAAUUCUCAUCGGCUUCGGUAGCAAGGCUGAAGAAAAAAGCAAAUGACGAAUUAUCUAAUAAUAAUAAUACGACGCAAAAAGAGAUGAUCAUCUCAAGUUUACAAGCAGUGUCUGCUGUUUUAUGGAGGUGUAUAACAAAAGUACGACGCCUAGCAAACGAUAGUGAAACCGUUUGCGUACUUGUUGUUAAUAACCGGCCUAGAAUGAAUCCGCCAUUAUCUGAUGAUUAUUUUGGCAGCCCGCUUCACGGAGUAAGCGGGACAGCAACCGUGGAAGAGUUAAUGGCAAAUGGGCUUGGAUGGGCCGCGUUGAAGUUACAUGAAACGAUAGCGAACUACGAUGAUGUAGCGGUGAAAAAUUGGGUCGAGUCAUGGGUUAGAAACCCGGUAGUGUAUGAAAGAAGUGACAAGUUAUCUCCAUUUUCAAAUUUGGUACUUAUUUCGAACUCACCUAGGUUUGAUAUGUACGGGUGUGAAUUCGGGUUGGGGAAAGCAAUAGCGGCUAGAAGCGGGGCUGUUACUAAAUUGGACGGGGCGAUGACAAUGUAUCCCGGUCGGGAAGGAGGCGGGAGUAUCGAUGUCCAAGUUUGCUUAAUCCCCGAAACUAUGAAGGAUCUUGAAUGUGACGAGGAGUUCAUAAGUUCGUUCUCUUAGCUAGGAGGCCAACCGACCGGCCGAGUUGGGCUGGGCCUCCAUGUCACAUAACCUUUCUCUAGCCAAGAAUCCCAUUAUUGAUCGAAUCAAGGUAAUUAACUAGCUAGUUAAGAUACAAAAGUACAAUAAGAUUGAUUAUUAAUCUGGUGUUUUAUAAAUAUUAAUGUGAUGUGAUUUGUGAUUAGUCAAUUUGGUGUUGUAAUAAUAAAAGUCUUGAUCGGCGGAAUUUUAAUGUUUGGGGA